GGAGUCGCGUUGUCUGACGUUCCGUAUGUGAGUUACCGCGGGCCGUUUGUUCUCGAGUGACAUUAUUUAACAAUAAACAAACGAAGUCGUUUACGCGAAAAGUGUAAAUAUGGGCCGCUAUAGGAGUCGCAGUCGUGAAAGGGACAGACGACGCAGAUCACGCACUCGUUCGCGGAGUAGAUCUCCACGUGACAGGAGGAGCUGGGGUGGCAGCGGUGGACGAGACAGACCCUCUAGUAGUCGCAACAGUCGUGGACAACCAGGCGCGAAUUUAAGGAAACCACGAUGGGAUCUCAACCGACUGGAGCCCUUCAAGAAGGAUUUCUAUGUUCCUCACAACGCAGUGCAAAAUCGAGAUCCCCGGAUCGUGGAACAAUACAGAGCCGAGAAGGAAAUCACUCUUAGAGGCAAAAACAUUCCGAAUCCUGUUUUUGACUUUGACGAGGCGGGUUUCCCAGAUUAUGUUCUAAGAGAGAUCAAAAGACAAGGUUUUAGUGAACCUACAUCGAUCCAAGCACAAGGAUGGCCGAUCGCACUAAGCGGACGGGACAUGGUAGGCAUUGCAUCUACAGGAUCUGGGAAAACAUUAUCUUAUAUACUGCCUGCGAUAGUUCACAUCAACAGCCAACCGAAAUUAAGUCGUAAAGAUGGACCUAUUGCUUUAGUAUUGGCGCCUACACGAGAGCUUGCCCAACAGAUUCAACAAGUCGCUGAUGAUUUUGGACAUUCAUCGGGAAUUAGGAACACUUGCCUAUACGGUGGAGCGCCGAAAGGUGCUCAAGCCAGAGAUCUGGACGGAGGUGUAGAAAUAGUCAUAGCUACACCUGGUAGAUUACUGGAUUUUCUUGAGUCCGGCAAGACAAAUCUGAAAAGAUGUACAUAUUUGGUAUUAGACGAAGCUGACAGAAUGUUGGAUAUGGGAUUUGAGCCACAAAUUAGAAAAAUCAUAGAACAAAUUAGACCAGACAGGCAGACAUUAAUGUGGUCAGCUACGUGGCCUAAAGAAGUAAAAAAUUUAGCCGAAGAUUUUCUUAAAGAUUAUGCUCAAAUCAAUGUUGGUUCAUUACAACUUUCAGCAAAUCAUAAUAUAUUGCAAAUAAUUGAUGUAUGUCAGGAUUAUGAAAAAGAGAAUAAAUUAAGUACUCUAUUGAAGGAGAUAAUGGCAGAAAGUGAGAAUAAAACUAUAGUAUUUAUCGAAACAAAGCGUAGAGUGGAUGAAAUUACGAGAAAAAUGAAACGCGAUGGAUGGCCAGCGGUUUGUAUUCACGGCGACAAGACGCAGCAAGAACGAGAUUGGGUUUUACAAGAUUUCAGAUCAGGAAAAGCACCAAUCCUUGUUGCUACAGACGUUGCUGCACGUGGUCUUGACGUUGAAGACGUCAAGUUUGUCAUCAAUUUUGACUACCCCUCCUGUUCCGAGGAUUACGUUCAUCGUAUCGGUCGUACCGGCCGCCGACAGAAGACCGGCACGGCGUACACCUUCUUCACGCCUAACAAUGCCAACAAGGCUAAUGAUCUGAUACAAGUGUUGAAGGAAGCGAAUCAAGUGAUAAAUCCGAAGCUACUGGAGCUCGCCGAUAGUAAAGCUGGCGGCUAUGGCAGAAACAGAGGUGGAAGAAAUCGAUGGCGAUCACGAGGCGGAGGUGGAUGCGGUAGCGGUCGUAACGGAAAAGAACGCAGCUAUUCGCGAAGCAGAAGUCGAAGUUAUAGUAGAGAACGCAACGGCCGUAGCAGUCGACGAAGCUACAGUCGUAGUUACUCGCGGAGUCGUAGUCCCAUCAGCAAUCGUAACGAAGUUAUCGGCAAAAGUUAUUGGAGUAGCGAGAGAUGAUCUUCCAGCGGCGGUUAAAGAAUGUGUGUGUUGCAACGCAGGUAAUUUUUUCUUUUUUUUAUUUUCGAAAGAAGCGAUUGUAAUAAACGAGACUGUUUCAUCGAGACUGUUUCAUUCACUAUUCGCGAAAAACGACACUUCAGUAUCGAAUUUGGUGGAUGCACUACUAUUGUAGAUCAUCAAACUUCUUACGUAUAGCAGCUUUCAAUUUGCACUUCGUGUAUCAGGCCGCCGAAUUCGGCAGCCUGAUUGAUAAUAUAAUUAAUGUGAUGAUAUAAUCAGUGCGAUGAUAUAAUCAAUAGUUUGCUAACUAUAUAUACAUGAAUUUUUAAUGUCGUCUUCAGUAAUGCUGACCAUCGCUAUCUUAUAUAAGAAAAACUUUUAAUGUGAGUACACAAUACUGAAGUGUACUCAAACAGAGAUUUUAUUAUCUAUUUGCUAGUGAUAGAAUGGUGAAAUGUGUUAUUAUAUCUUUUACUUCCUUUUGCAUCCCCAUGCCGCAUCUAAUUUCUUCCUUUUUCAAUAUUAAAAAUAUACACCAAUUUAUAGAUUAGGCAAAUCCAUUAUAGCAAUCGACUGUUUAUACAUUUUUAUAAUGCUUACUCUCACGUUAAUCCUUAUACACUCAUCCGAUAAGAGUAAGAAAGAAUUAGAUUGACGUGAGCAAAUGAUGUAUAAAUCUAAUUAUUAUGCGAAUUAAACUUCCAGUGUAUAACAGUGUUUAAUUACGUAUAUUUGUAGAUUAUAAUAAAUUAUACUAUAUGUCUAGUACGCGCUUAUUUGUAAUUUAUCCGUCUGUAUUUUAGGCAAUUAUAACAAAUGAUAAUAACACUUGAUGUACAGUAUUUCAACGACGUGAUAAAUAAAUUCGUAAAUGUCU